AUGUCAUUUAUUUGUCAAUUUAUUCAACUAGGCAGACCACAAAUUCGUUUUGUAUGGCUAUCUUUAUUUUUUAUUGUACUUGGUAGUGUAUUUGUUUUGUAUCAAACACAACCUUUCUAUAUAACUAUACUACCACCAUUGAUAAAUCAUUUAUAUCCAACUGACUUUCCAUCAUUAUAUAAAAAUCUUGUAUUAUUAUCUUGUUCAUCAGAUUCUUAUACAUCUAUUUACUGUUAUUAUUUACCAUUUACAGCAUUAGCAUGGCGUCGUAUUGGUUUCGAACCAAUUAUAUUUCUUGUUGGUUCAAAUGAAAAAUUUGCAAAAAUGCCAUUAAUUAAUUUUCUCAAAAAUGAUUUAAAAAUAGAAUAUCACAUUAUCAACGUUGAUUCAUCACGUUCAAUAUCAUUAAGUCAAAUGAUACGUUUAUUCGGUGGUUUUUUUUCAUAUGACUUCAAUACAACAAAAGAUUAUUUUAUAAUGACAAGUGAUGCUGAUCUACUACCAAUAACUCGUAGUCGUUAUGAAAUUGUUAGAAAUCAUACAAAUUAUAUUCUUGCUGUUAAUGCAUAUUGUUGUCCAAGUGAUAAGUUUUCAUAUGGAGAUUUUCAUGAUAUUCGUUAUUAUCCAAUUUCAUACAUUGGAAUGGAACAAGGCUUAUGGAAAAAAUUAUUUUUACCAUUAAAUAAUUGUUCAAUAUCAUCAAAUAUAACUGUCGAUAUGAUUGAAUGUUGUUUGAAAGAAAAAAUGAAUGUAUCUUUACCUAAAAAUGUUAUUAAAGGUACUAAACAAUGGGAUAUUGAUCAAAGAUUCAUUAGUUUACUAAUCGCACAAGCUGAACGCUUCUAUGGUACAUAUGUUGAUAAACGUUCUCGAGGUUCUCGUUUAGAUCCUAAUAAAGAAUUUCUUUCAUCUGAUUUUAAUUCAAUAUUAGGUUAUCAUGAUGUUCAUUUACCAAAUCAACAUGAAAAUAUUAUAUAUAGUAAUCGAACUUGGCUUGUAUUAAAGAAUGCAUUUUCAUAUUUAUUUAAUAAUGAUACAAUGGAAUUACUUUCACGUUAUCAUUAUCAAACAGUUGCCAGCGUUUUCACUCAGAGAAAGUUGUAA